AUGGCCGCCGCCGCCCCGCCGCUCGCCGCGGCGCUCCUGGCCGUCCUGCUGGCGCUCGCGGCCCCGGCGGCGGCCGAGAUCCGCUCCACGGCGAUCCGGGCCGACCCGCGCACCAUCAUCCCGCUCGACGAGUUCGGCUUCUCCAACCAGGGCGUGCUGGAGCUCAACGUCACCGGCAUCGCCUUCGACCCGCCGGCCUCCCCGGACCUCGACCUCUCCAUGGACGUCAGCUCCGCCAUGUACAACGUCGACCCGGCCACCGGCCAGCGGGCCUACCUCUCCGUCGGCUCCUCCGCGCUGCCCUCCAUCUACUUCCUCUUCUGCGUCGUCUACGCCGCGCUCGCUGCGGGAUGGGUCUCCAUCCUGCUGCGCAAGCGCACCGCCGUCUUCCGGAUCCACUACUUCAUGCUCGCCGUGCUCGUGCUCAAGGGCUUCAACCUCCUCGCCGAGGCCGAGGACAAGUCCUACAUCGAGCGCACCGGCACCGCCCACGGCUGGGAUGUGCUCUUCUACAUCUUCAGCUUCCUCAAGGGGAUCUCGCUCUUCACGCUCAUUGUGCUCAUCGGCACCGGCUGGUCCUUCCUCAAGCCCUACCUGGCGGACCGCGAGAAGAAGGUGCUCAUGGUCGUCAUCCCCCUGCAGGUCGUCGCCAACAUUGCGCAGGUGGUCAUCGAUGAAUCUGGGCCGUAUGCCCGAGACUGGGUCACCUGGAGGCAGAUAUUCCUGCUGGUGGAUGUGGUCUGCUGCUGCGCCAUUCUCUUCCCGAUUGUCUGGUCAAUCAAGAACCUCCGGGAGGCUGCCCGCUCCGACGGGAAAGCGGCGGUGAACCUGAUGAAGCUCACCCUUUUCCGCCAGUACUACGUGGUUGUCAUCUGCUACAUUUACUUCACGCGUGUUGUGGUGUAUGCGUUGGUGACCAUCACCUCGUACCGGUACCUCUGGACUAGCGUCGUGGCUGGAGAGAUUGCCACCCUUGCAUUCUAUGUGUUCACUGGGUACAGGUUCCGGCCUGAGGUGCACAACCCAUACUUUGCGAUUGAUGAUGAUGAGGAAGAGGCUGCAGCUGAAGCACUCAAGUUGGAUGAUGAAUUUGAGCUAUGA